UCGAACGGCAAGCGGAUAAUAUGCGUCACUUUAUCGUGCUAGUAUCCUGCAUCCUGGUAGUUAUAUUGCCCUGCGUGUUAGGGGCUCAAAGGACAGCUAUCAGGAGUCGUUAUAGAAGCCUUGUGAAACCAAAGACGAAUGUCAUACGGCCUAGAACCAAUCAAACAACACAACUUAUAUUGGGAGACUAUACGGAAAACUUUUAUAAGCACUGCACGGAUAUUUUCAAAGAGAAGAACUUGGUUGCCAAAGUGAUCCAUGGCAUGGUUAGUGGAAUUUUGGACAGGCUCAAUGAAGUGUGCCUAGACAAGCCCAUUCACCCACUUAUCCACAAAGUUUUCACGGAAAGCCUUCUGUGUGGCGAAAGCAUGUCGAAUGCAAUCGAUAGCGUAAUUGACAUUUUAUUUGGAAAUUUCGAAAGAAAUUGUAGGGAGAGGCCUGGAUUCAAUAGCUAUUAUAUUUUAACCAGUUCGGAAAAUGAAAUAGUUGAAUCAAAAGGUUAAACAACAAUCUGAGAGCUUAUAUAUUGAAGUAACCAAAAUAAAAUAAUUAAGGGUAGUACAAAUACCUCUUAUAGGACAAUAUGUUUACCAUGUCUUAAUAUAAUGUAAAUAAACGAAUAUACUUUCAAGAAACUCAAGAAACCAAACUACAUCAAAAUA